AUGGCUUCCAAUCACAAAGUUUUAGUUCUUGUUGCUCUAACGAUCACUGCAUUGGUGCUAUCAACAUCUAUAGUGGAGUCUAGGAAACUCUCUAACCCUUCCAACUUGAUGAGCAUUGAGGAAAGAUUAAAAGUGAGUGGCGAACCUUCCAAUUGUUGGGAGUCACUUUUUAAGCUCCAAGCAUGUAGUGGUGAAAUUAUAACAUUUUUUUUAAAUGGGGAAACUUUUUUAGGAAAUGGUUGUUGCCAAGCAAUUAAGGUUAUUACAAAUGAUUGUUGGCCUAACGUUGUUUCCUCUCUUGGAUUCACCAAUGAAGAGACUCAUGUGUUGGAAGGAUAUUGUGAUGAAGUUGAGGAUAUUUAUUCACCCCCACCACCUACACCACUAGUAUCAUUUGUUGAGCCUAAGGAGAUUGUUCCAUAA